AGGUCCCGCCUAGCCCCCAGGCACCAUGUCGGAUAGUGAUCUCGGUGAGGAUGAGGGCCUUCUCUCCCUGGCGGGCAAGAGGAAGCGCAGGGGAAACCUGCCCAAGGAGUCGGUGAAGAUCCUUCGGGACUGGCUGUACCUGCACCGCUACAAUGCCUACCCCUCGGAGCAGGAGAAACUGAGCCUCUCCAGACAGACCAACCUGUCAGUGCUGCAGAUAUGCAAUUGGUUCAUCAAUGCCCGGCGGCGGUUGCUCCCAGACAUGCUUCGGAAGGAUGGCAAAGACCCGAAUCAGUUCACCAUCUCCCGCCGUGGGGGCAAGGCCUCAGAUGUCGCCCUCCCCCGUGGCAGCAGCCCCUCGGUGCUGGCUGUGUCUGUGCCAGCCCCCACCAAUGUGCUCUCCUUGUCCGUGUGCUCCGUGCCGCUCCACUCGGGCCAGGGGGAGAAGCCAGCGGCCCCCUUCCCACAGGGGGAGCUGGAGGCCCCCAAACCACUGGUGACCCCUGGUAGCACACUCACCCUGCUGACCAGGGCCGAGGCUGGGAGCCCCACAGGUGGACUCUUCAACACACCACCGCCCACACCCCCAGAGCAGGACAAAGAGGACUUUAGCAGCUUCCAGCUGCUGGUGGAGGUGGCACUACAGAGGGCUGCUGAGAUGGAGCUUCAGAAGCAGCAGGACCCGGCACUCCCAUUACUGCACACGCCCAUCCCCCUAGUCUCUGAGAACCCCAAGUAGGCAUCUGGCCACAGGGGUGCUUGAGGCUCGAGCCAGCUGUCCCGGGUUUCCGUUUUGGUUCCCUUCCACACAGAGGGUUUUCCAUGGAUCACUGCCAAAUGUCGGGAUCAUCUCCUCUGUCCAGAGGUCUUCAGCAGGAAGGCGCCAGCUGGUGUCAACUGCACUGUGAUGAGGGACCUCUCCUCUGCUGACUCUGCCGUUUCUCCAGGCCUCCCCUCAGUGAAGAGGCCAAGAGAUUGGAGACAGGCAUGGUGCUGCUGCUGCUGCUUCUCCAGAGCAUCCCUGGGACACCUUUGUUCCAGCCUGGCUUCCUGGGCUGUGCUGGACUGGCCUCAGGAAACCUGCCAAGAUCAGACCGAUGUUGUAUCCAAGUUGUCUCUGUCCAGCCAGGUGUGGACAUUCCAAGUUCAUAAGAGCAUGAACAGAAGAGGAACCCAGCAGAUGUAACAGAACCGACUCCAGUUGAAUGUUUAGAUGUGUGCUAAACUGUUCAUUUUCCCCUUUUUGCUGUGGUUUGCAUUAAUGGCAGUAGUUAGCCCAGGUGUGAGGGAUA